UCCAUGGCGAGGUCUAUCUUUGCAACGACGAUACCAUUCAGCAUGGGACAGAUGGGCCAACAAUAUGCUGAAUGGACUGCUCAAGAUUGGCAUCACGCUCUCUUCACCGAUGAGUGUCGCAAAUGCCUUCCACCAGACAAUCAGAGAUGUAUAUGGAGGCAACCCAGUCAGGCUGGACGCCAUAGACACACUGUCCAACGAGUGCAGCAACGUGGAGGUUCCUGAUGUUUUGGGGUGGCAUUAUGUGGAGCUGAUGUACGCCGCUGGAAGUCAUGGAAAGUGCUGUAAUGGCUGUAUGACACGUGAAUGCCAUCCACCGACCGAUAGUGCAAGCAUAUUGGCAACAUAUUGCUGAGGCAUUCGUCUUCAUGGAUGGCGAUUGGCGCCCCCCCUCGUGCACAUCUUGUAAAUGACUUCCUUCAGGAUGACAACAUCGCUCGACUAGAGAGUGGUCAGCAUGUUCUCCAGACAUGAGCUCUAGUGAACAUGGCUGGCAUAGAUUAAAAAGGGCUAUUUAUGGACGACGUGGCCCACAAACCAUUCUGAGGGAUCUGUUCCGAAUCGAGGAGUGGUACAAUCUGGACCUACAGUGCCGUGAUGAACUUGUGGGUAGUAUGCUACGACAAAUACAGGCAUGCAUCAAUGCAAGAGGAUAUGCUACUGGGUAUUAGAGGUACCGGUGUGUACAGAAAUCUGGACCACUACCUCUGAAGGUCUCGCUGUAUGGUGGUACAACAUACAAUGUGUGGUUUUCAUGAGCAAUAAAAAGGGCGGAAAUGAUGUUUAUUUUGACCUCUAUUCCAAUUUUCUGGACAGGUGCUGGGACUCUCGUAACUGAGUACUAUCCUGGUUGCCAUGGAGGAUGACAAGAGUAAAGAUGCCAGUCGUGGUUUAGUGGCUGAAGUUUCACUAGCUGCAGGAAAAGGCUACAGGACUGAAUGGAACACCAAGAACGAAGUAUAUUGUGCGAAUAAAAGUGGUAUAAUGCGUUUGGUGCACAGAUGUACCAUCUGCAAAAAGUCAUUUGCACAGUUGGAGGACCUGAAGGAGCACACACAAAUGAACAGAUGUGGACUUCUUCAAUCAUGCUGUGUAUGUCACAAAACAUUCACAACGAGUGGCAGUCUGAAGAGGCACUUCCGUGUUCACACUGGUGAACGCCCAUACAGCUGUGACGUUUGCAACAAGACAUUCAUACAACGUUGUCACUUGAAGCAGCAUUCACAGUUGCACACUGGUCAACGCUCAUACAACUGUCCCAUUUGCAACAAGAUGUUCACUCAAAGCAGUCAACUAAAGCGUCAUUCUCAGCUGCACACUGGCAAACGUCCAUACAUCUGUGGCGUUUGCAACAAGACAUUCAUAGAAAAUAAUCAGCUGAAGCGGCAUUCCCAGUUGCACACUGGUGAGCGCCCGUACAUUUGUGGCAUUUGCGACAAGACAUUCAUGCGAAGUAAUCAACUGAAGCGGCAUUCGCAGCUACACACUGGCGAACGCCCAUACACCUGUGGCAUUUGCUGCAAGACAUUCAUAGAAAAUUGUGAACUGAAGCGGCACUCGUGGUUGCACACAGGCGAAAGCCCCUACGUCUGUAGUGUCUGCAACAAGACAUUCACACACAGUACCAAACUGAAGGAGCAUGCGCAGUUGCACACUGGUGAACGUCCAUUCACAUGUGGCAAUUGUAAUAAGACAUUCUCGCAAAGUAGUCAACUCAAACGGCAUGUGCGGUUGCACACUGGCGCUCGUCCCUAUAUCUGCGACGUCUGUAACAAGACAUUCACACAGAGUUCUCACUUGAAGCGGCAUGCCCAUUUGCACAUUGGUGAACAUGCGUAACCUGUGGAAUUUGCAACAAAACAUUCUCAGAAAGUAGUCACCUGAAGAAGCAUUCAGAGCUGUACAUUGGCGACUAAGUGAUGUUAUUGUGCCAUAAGGAGUUAUUUAAAGAGUAGAAACGACUUGAAAGGCAUGUGAAAUCUCACAUCCAGUAUAAUUCAUGUAUGUGUUUGUUCUCCUGGUUCAUCCUGGGUAGCGGUUAAGUUUUCAUCUGUGAAAAAUAAAGUCAGAUAGUCGAUAUUAUGUA